ACAAACCUCUGUACCAUACCAGUCCCUUCUCUCUUUCUUCCAAAGAGAGAUCCAUACAGACUCCAAAGAUGGAGUCCGGUAAGCUCAAUGCUUUCUUCUUCAUCUUCAUUAUCGUCAUUUCCUCCGCCGCUCCGAUUCUCGGCUGCCCUACUUGCGGCGGCAAAAAGCCUCCUCCCAAGCACACUAAGCCUAAGACCCCCAAAGGCCCUCUUCUUCCGCCCAUUGUGAAACCCCCAGUCAUCAAAGUCCCCCCAAUCAAGGUCCCACCCGUCAUCCCUCCCGUCGUUAAACCACCAAUCACAAUCCCACCCGUCAUAAAACCACCGAUCAAAAUCCCACCAGUCAUCCCUCCCGUCAUAAAACCACCGAUCAAAAUCCCACCCGUCAUCCCUCCCGUCAUAAAACCACCGAUCGAAAUCCCACCAGUCAUCCCUCCCGUCAUAAAACCACCGAUCGAAAUCCCACCAGUCAUCCCUCCCGUCAUAAAACCACCGAUCAAAAUCCCACCAGUCAUCCCUCCCGUCAUAAAACCACCGAUCAAAAUCCCACCAGUGAUUCCACCAAUUGUGAAGCCCCCAAUCACACUACCACCAGUGGUAGUGCCUCCAGUGAUUCCCCCCAUUAUUAAACCACCAGUGGAGAUUCCCCCAGUCACCACCAAGCCCCCGACCCCAGGGGCACCGUGCGCGCCACCACCCGGGAAACCAUCUCCCACACCAGCUCCCAAGGACACUUGCCCCAUUGACACACUGAAGCUCGGAGCUUGCGUGGAUCUCCUGGGCGGGUUAGUCCACAUUGGACUCGGUGACCCAGUGGUUAACGAGUGCUGCCCGGUGCUCGCAGGACUAGUUGAACUUGAAGCUGCAGCGUGCCUGUGCACCGCUCUUAAACUCAAGCUUCUCAACCUCAACAUCUACGUCCCUAUUGCUCUUCAGCUCCUUGUCACUUGUGGCAAGACCCCUCCUCCUGGUUUCACCUGCUCUAUCUAGAUCAAAUCGAGGUAGACUCAUGGAGGACUGAAUCGUCAUGAGCGGAUGUCGAUCAAGCCAGCCUCCAGUUAUUUUCUUUCAUUUUCUUCCUCCACAAUCUAUUCUUGUUUAAUUUAAUUAACUGGUAUUGAAGCUGAUUUGUAUGUCUGGCUGUGAGAUUAUUGUACACCAUUGUUUUUAAGUUAAGAGAAGAUUGUUAUUAUUUCAUCUCGAAUGUGUGUUCUAUCUCGAUCAAUGAAGCAAUCAAAUAUGUUUGAUUUGUUUACUGAGA